GUAACAAGGCAGAAUUAUGAAAAAGCAGAAGGUCAACACUCUCUCCAGCAAAUUAUACAAGGGAGCAGUGACAGGUCUUAUCGGUUUCACCGCGCUGACGGGUGUGUAUCUCGCUUAUUUAACCUUCAGUUUCGUGAAGAACACCAACCUCCAAAGAAAACAGCGCGAGCUGGCCGUGCAAGACCAGCUUCUCGUUGACGGAGCGAAAGAACUGAGCAACUGAAAAGUAGUUCUGCAGUAUGAUGCAGUCGCUGCUUGGAGCCUUCGUCCGAACUGCCGGGAAGCCCGUCGUGCGAUCGCUGCAAACUUCGUCGAUUACGCGACAGAAAUGGAAAAUCCUCAAACUGAACCACGUUGCAAUGGCUACGCUCCAACUGGAAAAGGUCGCCAGUUUCUACCGGGACACCUUGGGACUUAAGGUGAGCGAACCAGUACCCCAGAACGAGCACGGCGUAACUACGGUGUUCGUCGACGUGGGCAAUACGAAAUUUGAACUCCUGUUACCCUUGGGUGAGAAGAGCCCCAUCGCCAACUUCCUGGACAAGAACAAGGGAGGCGGUACCCAUCACGUUUGUCUGGAAGUCGACGACAUCGAGGCAGCCGUGGCUGACCUGAAGCAAAAGGGCAUCCGCAUGCUGGCCGAGAAGACGCGCAUCGGAGCACACGGGAAACCAGUCAUGUUCUUGCAUCCAAAGGAUUGCGGAGGUGUCCUCGUCGAGCUGGAGCAGGCGUAGAUUCAGUGCUCUUGGUCGAGUCGCAUUCAUUAAAGCAUUUCGUCUCAAUGUAGCCCUUCA